AUGUACACCGGGAACCAAAGCACUGUCACAGAAUUCAUUCUUCUUGGACUCUCCUCGGAUCCUUUAGUACAAAUUGUUCUGUUCCACAUUUUCCUUAUAAUCUACAUGAUAGCACUGUCCGGGAACAUUCUCCUCAUGGUGGCUGUGAGGACCGACAAGCGUCUGCACACCUCCAUGUACAUCUUCUUGUGUAGUCUGUCCUUCUUGGACAUCUGCUACACCUCCUCCAUUGUACCCAACACUUUAGUACAUUUUCUGUUAGUGAAAAAGACUAUUUCAUUCAUUGGCUGUGCCGUCCAGUUCUUCUUUUCACUGUUCUUGGGGGUGACUGAGUGUCUUCUUCUGGCAUUCAUGUCCUAUGACCGUUACGUUGCCAUUUGUAGUCCUCUACAUUACAAUAUGAUCAUGACUAUAAGGGUCUCUUUGAUGAUGAUCAGCAUGUCAUGGGUGACUGGCUCCAUUGUUUCAUCUAUUGAUACAUGUUUUACAUUCACUUUAACGUUCUGUGGCCCUAACACCAUCAACCAUUUUUUCUGUGAGCUCCCUCUAAUGCUUAAGCUCUCAUGCAGUGACAUCUCCACAGUCAACAUCUUAAAAAUGGUGGGCACAGCCAUCGUGCUUAUCAUUCCACUUUCACUGAUCCUCAUUUCAUACAUCCGAAUCAUAGCCGCUGUCAUGACAAUACGUGCAGGAAAGAACAAAGCCUUUUCCACCUGUAUUUCCCACCUUGUGGUGGUGGUCAUCUUCUAUGGGACGGCCAUGUUCAUGUACGGUAGACCUGAGCAUUCAGUGACAGCGGACACAGACAAAAGGGUGGCAGUAUUUUACACGAUGAUCACUCCGAUGCUGAACCCCCUGAUCUACAGCUUGAGAAACAAAGAUGUUCAGAGAGCAAUGAGCAGGCUCUUAGUAGUAGUUUUUCUAUCACAAAAUGACAACCAAAGUAAUAUUAUAAUAUUGAACGUAUAA